CUUCAACAAGCCGUGCGCGGGCGGGAGCGGACACUUGGGCCAGACCAUGAAGAUACGCUUGCAAGCAUGCGCUUGUUACAAGAAUUGCACUUGAACUCAUCUCCACCCUUACCGGCCAACAUAACCGCCCAGCAAGUCCUGGCCAGUCGAAUAAGCAACUUCUUCCCACAAGGGCAAGGUAGCCGAGGACCGUAUACUGACUCUGAAAUCAUCGAAAUCUCAGAGCUGGUGAAGCACUUAAAUCAGCAUUGGAGUAACUGUCCACGUACAUAUAUCAUCCUCCGCAUAAUCGGCCACCUGGACAUGCUCGAUAGGCUGAUCGACAUCGGAUUCUCUGACUACUGGUUUCCUGUUACCGAACGCAAUCUUCCAAGUUGUUUACUCCCAAGUGUUAAAUCGUCAUUUGUCAGAACUCAGAGCCUAGUACUGACAAAGUCGAUGGAUCUUGAAAAAGGGGGAAACGGGCAACAUUGCCAUUUCGAGAAAGGAGAACCGGUUCCCUUUGACCCUAGAGGAAUCUUAGGCAGUGGUGGAUUUGGCCAGGUCGACAAAGUCCUCAGCCAAAUCAGCUUCAAAGAGUAUGCAAGGAAGCGGGUACUUCGGGGUACUGCCUUUACGGGACCACGAAAGGAAUAUAUAAAGCAAUUCGUCGCCGAGAUCCAGAUCCUAAAGCGCCUAAAGCAUCACCAUAUCGUAGAGUUUGUAGGAAGCUAUACGGACCCGAAAUACAUUGGUCUAAUAAUGUCACCCGUAGCCGACAUGGAUCUGGGCGCCUACUUGAAGCAAGCUACCAUUUCUAAUCAUCCUGAGCUACGAACCUUCUUUGGUUGCCUAGCUACGGCACUCGAAUUCCUACACGAGCAGAAGAUUCGACACAAGGACAUUAAGCCAGGAAAUAUUCUCGUAAACCGUGGGAGUAUCUUGUUUACAGACUUUGGAUUGUCGUUUGACUUUACUGAUGUAGACGGCAGCACGACCACGAGCAUGCCGAACGGAAUAUCAUAUAGAUAUUGUGCGCCUGAGGUCGCUCAAUACGAACCUCGGAAUACAAUGUCUGAUGUUUGGAGUCUGGGUGUCGUCUUUAUGGAGAUAAUUAUGGUUCUCAAAGGCAGGACCGCUCAGGACAUAGAUGAAUUUCUUCGACAACACGGUUCAAAGGGGGCUUAUAUUCGCACAAAUCUUGACGCCCUGCUAGAACUCAUCGCAGAAUUAGGGGAAAUCGGCAACUCAUCUGACAAUCGCGCCCUUGGCUGGACCCAACAAAUGCUCUCAGUAGAGCAGAAAUUACGCCCGACUGCAUCCUCAAUAGUCACAUCUAUCAUAGCUGCUGGCCAAGAAGGGGAUAAAAUAAGUUUCUGUGGGAUAUGUUGUAUUCCUUCUGAAGACGACUUUUCGAGUUCCGCGGAGGAAUGAGACAUCUGUGAUGUUUUAGCAAGGGCGUUACUAUAAGAAGUUUUGCUCUUGAUGUUUCUGCUAUUGUAUUUGCAUCAACCACCGCCACACUGAACGCCACUGCCGUCUACACAUUCUGCUAAAAGGUGACGCUGCCUUAAGUUUGCCGCAACUUGCCACCGCUAGCUGGGAGGAUGCAGGCCCGCACCGGCUGGAGGGUUGUGGAUGUUUCACGGUGCAUAGAUGAU